UUUGCCGGGGGAGCGUGUGUGUGUGUGCGCGCGCGCGCUGGGCGGCGUAGCGUUCGCCUUCGGGAGGGCCUUCGAGUUGUAGGUCGAAAAUGCCGCGAGAUAACUUCGCCGAGCCGAGAGAGCAAGAGGUGUCCGGUGCUACUGUCAUCGCCCGGGCGCUGCUAGCGCAAGAUGUGAAGUACAUGUUUGGCAUCGUAGGCAUCCCAGUGACCGAGAUCGCCCUUGCGGCCCAGGAAUUGGGCAUCAGGUACAUCGGGAUGCGGAAUGAGCAAGCGGCUUGUUAUGCUGCCUCUGCGAUUGGAUAUUUGACUGGCAGGCCAGGAGUGUGCCUUGUUGUUUCUGGCCCAGGUCUUAUCCACGCCUUGGGUGGGAUGGCAAAUGCAAACAUAAACUGUUGGCCCUUGAUUGUGAUUGGUGGUUCCUGUGAACGAAAUCAAGAGGCAAUGGGAGCCUUCCAGGAAUUUCCUCAGGUUGAAGCUUGUAGAUUAUAUAGCAAGUUCUCAGCCCGGCCAGCCAGCAUAGAAAUGAUUCCAUUUGUCAUUGAAAAGGCAGUGAGAAAUAGUAUCUAUGGUCGUCCAGGGGCUUGUUAUGUUGACAUACCUGCAGAUUUUGUGACCCAUCAGGUGGAUGUGUCUUCUGUAAAGUUCAAGGAGUGCUGCCUGCCACCUCCUAUUAGCAUGGCAGAUACCUCAGCUGUAAAUAUGGCAGCAUCUGUUAUUAGGAAUGCCAAACAGCCCCUUCUUAUCAUCGGGAAAGGAGCUGCUUAUGCUCAUGCAGAGGAGAGUAUCCAGAAAUUGGUGGAACAAUGUAACUUGCCAUUUUUGCCCACCCCUAUGGGGAAGGGUGUGGUCCCUGACAACCAUCCAAACUGCGUAGGUGCAGCCAGAUCCAGGGCUUUGAAAUAUGCUGAUGUGAUUGUGUUAUUUGGUGCAAGACUAAAUUGGAUUUUACAUUUUGGACUGCCUCCAAGAUAUCACCCACAUGUGAAGUUUAUUCAGGUUGAUAUCUGUGCAGAAGAAUUGGGGAAUAAUGUAAGGCCUGCAGUGACUUUGCUGGGCAACAUAAAUGCUGUUACUGAACAGCUUUUAGAACAAUUUGAUAAAACACCAUGGCAGUAUCCUACAGAGACCAAAUGGUGGAAGGCUCUGAAGGAGAAAAUGGAGAGCAAUGAAGCUAUAUCCAAGGAGUUAGCUUCCAAAAAGUCCCUACCUAUGAAUUAUUACACAGUAUUCUACCACAUUCAAGAACAGCUACCCAGAGACUGUUUUAUAGUAAGUGAAGGAGCAAAUACUAUGGACAUUGGACGUACUGUGCUUCAAAACUAUUUUCCUCGUCACAGGCUUGAUGCUGGCACUUUUGGAAUAAUGGGUGUUGGUUUGGGAUUUGCUAUUGCAGCUGCUCUAGUGGCUAAAGAUAGAAACCCCAAUCAACGGGUCAUCUGUGUGGAAGGAGACAGUGCCUUUGGCUUUUCUGGCAUGGAGGUGGAAACCAUCUGCAGGUACAAUUUGCCAAUCAUACUCUUAGUAGUGAACAAUAAUGGAAUUUACCAAGGUAUUAAUACAGAUACUUGGAAAGAAAUGUUAAAAUUUCAUGAUGCAACUACAAGGGCUCCUCCAGUGUGUCUCUUGCCAAAUGCACAUUAUGAACAGGUCAUGACUGCAUUUGGAGGCAAAGGGUAUUUUGUACAAACACCAGAAGACCUCCAAAAAUCCCUGAGACAGACCCUGGCCAACACAACUGAACCCUCUCUUAUCAACAUCAUGAUUGAACCACAAAGCACACGGAAGGCCCAGGAAUUCCACUGGCUCACUCGCUCUAAUAUGUAAAUAAAGAUGUCAGUUGAUGGUC